GUGAACGGGGCGUUUCAGUGCACCCUAGCAUGGCAUCGCCUCUGCCCUGGCUGUACAUUAUUCUAUGGCUGGAAAAUGCCUUAGGGAAACUUGAAGAUGAAGGCAACUUCUACUCGGAAAACAUCAGUCGGAUCCUGGACAACUUGCUUGAAGGCUAUGACAAUCGGCUGCGACCAGGAUUUGGAGGUGCUGUCACUGAAGUCAAAACAGACAUUUAUGUGACCAGUUUUGGGCCUGUGUCAGAUGUGGAGAUGGAGUACACAAUGGACGUUUUCUUCCGUCAGACUUGGACUGAUGAGAGGUUGAAGUUUGGGGGGCCAGCUGAGAUUCUGAGUUUGAAUAACUUGAUGGUCAGUAAAAUCUGGACCCCAGACACAUUUUUCAGGAAUGGCAAAAAGUCAAUCGCUCACAACAUGACGACCCCUAAUAAACUCUUCAGAAUAAUGCAGAAUGGAACCAUUCUAUACACCAUGAGGCUUACCAUCAAUGCUGACUGUCCCAUGAGGUUGGUUAACUUUCCUAUGGACGGGCAUGCUUGUCCACUCAAGUUUGGAAGUUAUGCUUACCCCAAAAGUGAAAUCAUAUAUACAUGGAAAAAAGGACCACUUUACUCAGUAGAAGUCCCAGAAGAAUCUUCAAGCCUCCUCCAAUAUGAUCUGAUUGGACAAACAGUAUCUAGUGAGACAAUUAAAUCUAACACAGGUGAAUAUGUAAUAAUGACAGUUUAUUUCCACUUGCAAAGGAAGAUGGGCUACUUCAUGAUACAGAUAUAUACUCCUUGCAUUAUGACAGUCAUUCUCUCCCAGGUGUCUUUCUGGAUUAAUAAGGAGUCUGUGCCCGCAAGAACUGUCUUUGGGAUCACCACUGUUCUAACCAUGACCACUUUGAGCAUCAGCGCCCGGCACUCCCUGCCGAAAGUGUCAUAUGCAACCGCCAUGGAUUGGUUCAUAGCUGUUUGCUUUGCUUUCGUCUUCUCUGCUCUGAUUGAGUUCGCAGCUGUCAACUACUUCACCAAUCUUCAAACACAAAGGGCCAAAAAGAAAGCACAGAUUGCAGCCUCAACCCCAGUGACGAUAUCGAAAGCGACUGAACCCUUGGAAGCUGAGAUUGUUUUGCAUCCUGAUUCCAGAUAUCAUCUGAAGAAAAGAAUCACUUCUCUGACCUUGCCAAUAGUUCCAUCCCCUGAGGCCAAUAAAGUCCUCACUAGAGCGCCCGUCUUACCACCAACACCUGCCACGCCGCCACCACUCCCGCCGGCCUUUGGAGCCACCAGUAAAAUAGACCAGUAUUCUCGAAUUCUCUUCCCAGUUGCAUUUGCAGGAUUCAACCUUGUAUACUGGGUAGUUUAUCUUUCCAAAGACACAAUGGAAGUCAGUAGCAGUGUUGAAUAGCUUGCAGCCAGGACAACCUGUAUUCUAUAGGUUCUUAUUUUUCUGUAUUUUUUUUAAAUAGCAUUGAAAAUUGUGUGCAUACUUCUCAGAACCUGAAAUCAAAAUUGGAAAUUUGUAACACAUAGCUCUGGGUAAGCAUGUAUGGGCCAAAAAGCAAUAAUGUUACCCCUCAAAAUGGAGAGUUGAAGGUUGCUGAAAAAUAUGACUUUUCUGUACAUAAGAGAAAAUUUUUAUGAGGCUAAGAUGGAUUCCAGAUGAAUUUGCCAACCUUUGCCCUUCGUUGUUUGAUAUCUUUAAUUGUCACUGUGAAUAACAUUUAUCACAAGGCA